AUGGGCCUCGUUCUAAAGGCGGUGUGCGCCUAUGUCCUGUAUGUAAUCUCACGAGCCAUUUACAACGCUUUCUUCCACCCUUUGGCCAGAUUCCCGGGACCGAAAGCAUGGAGCGCUUCCCGCAUACCCUAUUUGUUCACCCUCGUCACAGGGCAGAACUCGUUCCGCAUCAAAGCGCUCCACGAUGAGUACGGCCCAGUCGUCCGCGUUGCGCCCAAUGAGUUGCACAUCAAUGACCCUCGCGCAUGGAAUGACAUCUACAUGAGAAAGGACAGUGAGAUUCGUCCGCCGCAGUGGGGAAUGCGACCACCAGGGAUCGAGUCCUACAAUGUCAUUUCUGGUGUCGGCUCCGACCACGGUCGAUUUCGCAAGGCGCUGGGUAUGGCUUUUUCAGAAGAGGCCGUCAAGGAGUACGAGCCUACCGUGCGGUCAUAUUUCAAUAAAUUCACGGCGCGCAUCGAUGAGCUUAUCGCAAAAAACAAAGGAUCUGCGGUCGUUGACAUGGUGAAGUGGUCGAACUUCACCACCUUCGACAUCAUAGGCGAGUUGGCAUGGUCGAAGUCAUACGACUGUCUGGACACAGGUGCCGGACACGCUAUCAUGGGUGUACUCUCUCACUUCCAGGGCGUCAUCAUCGCGGCUGCUAUAACGUACUACCCGUGGAUCAAUAACGCUCUGAUGGCAAUCACUCCGAGAUCUGCCUUCGAGGACCUGAAGAUGAUUUUCAAUGACGGACACGAGCGCCUCCAAAACCGCAUUAAGCAUGGGCCAAGUGGACAUCCGGAUGUCCUGGGACAUCUCGCAGAGUACAACAAGCAAAACCCUACCGCCAAGAUCACGGACGAUGAGAUAGAACAAAACGUGUUCUCCUGCUUAGUGGCUGGGUCUGAGUGCCUGACCACUGCGUUCUCAGGAGCAUUUCACUAUCUGCUCGUAUAUCCCUCCAAGCUCAAGCGGGCCCAAGAAGAGGUUCGCGCAGCAUUCUCCUCCGAAGCGAGUAUCAAUGCAACCGAUGCAGCGAAAUUGGAGUACCUGAACGCCGUAAUAGAGGAGUCCCUUCGCCUCUGUCCUCCACUCCCAGACAUGCUUCGCCGCCAGCUCCCCAGCGAAGCACCAACCACCAUCGCAGGUCGCGUCAUCCCACCCAACACAGUCGUUUCUGUAUCAUGCUACUCCAUGUUCCGCAGCGCAUCGCACUUCUCCUCCCCUGACACCUUCGCCCCAGAGCGCUUCCUCAAGUCCGCCGACGAAUCGGAAAAAUGGUCACCCGACUCGCCACUGAACCACAACGACAUGGCUGCCUUCAAGCCGUGGGGUGUGGGCCCUCGCGAGUGUCCCGCACAGCCUUUGGCAAGGCUCGAGAUGCGGCUGUUCCUGGCAGUAUUGCUGUAUAGAUACGAUUUAAAGGUGGCGGAGGGUAGCUAUUUGACAAAGUGGACGAGUCAGCAGGUGUUUGAGACGUGGCAGAAGGAUCCGCUGAAUGUAGAGUUCAGCCCGGCAGUAUCAUCUUCGGUCAUGGCUGCGGGAGUAGCGGAGGGUAGCUAUUUGACAAAGUGGACGAGUCAGCAGGUGUUUGAGACGUGGCAGAAGGAUCCGCUGAAUGUAGAGUUCAGCCCGGCAGUAUCAUCUUCGGUCAUGGCUGCGGGAGUAGCAGCGCCUUAG